GAACUACAUAGCAAUUUCCAUCGGCGAAAAAUAGACGGAGAGAAUGAAUAUCCCCAUAGUUUUGGCUGUAUUUGUUGUCGUCUGCUUAACUCUGAUAGCUGGUCAGAGGGAUGACUGCGAGCAACUGAAACGGGCGUGCGAUAGCUGCGUGAAUCGCCCGGAAAAUGCGGGUGAUCGCAACCGUAAUCUCCCCACGUUGAACAGGGAGUGCAGGAGGAAGACUCGCAAUACCUGGGUUUGGCGCGAUAUAAACCGAUGCGAGCUUACCAGAUUGAAUUGCCUGGGAUCCGAUCGCCGGAUGAACUGCGACGAUAUAGCUGAACUUGCCAGAAUGCGACGUGUCAGGAACUGAGGCAGCAUUGCCAAUCGAUAAUGAUGAUAAUUGAAAAUAAAAUC